AUGUCCAAGCCCCGUAUCGCCGACCCAAAGGCCAUCAAGGCCUUUGGCUUGACGCAGAUCUAUACCCCGCGUGACGAUCCCACGAUCGAUAUCGUCUUUGUGCACGGCCUCAACGGUCAUCCUCACGACUCGUGGACCAGCAAGAACAACGGUUGCUUCUGGCCCACCGACCUUCUUCCGGACGUUCUUGCCUCGCUGCGUCCCCGCAUUCUGACUUAUGGUUAUAAUGCCAAUGUUACUGCCUUCACAGAUGGAGCCUCACGCGAUUCGGUGGUUAGCCACGCCGAGACUCUUGCAUCGACUCUCGCAGCUAAUCGGAAUCUGCGAGACUGCUCCGACCGUCCUAUCAUUUUCAUUUGUCACUCUCUAGGCGGACUGAUUGUGAAACGGGCCUUGAUCUACUCUCGGAGUCUCUCAAGCGAGAAGACGGAGCACCUGCGGUCUGUUUAUGUGUCCACUUUUGGGAUCCUGUUCCUCGGAACGCCCCACAAUGGAUCUGAUAUCGCGAAAUGGGGCCUCUUGCUGCACAACAUCUGCAAUGCAGUACUUCCGAAAAAGUUCAUGGAAGCAUCCCCGCAGCUUGUCAAAGCCCUGCGAGCGAACAAUGAAACUCUUCAACACAUCAAUAGUCUGUUUGUCGAUAUCAUGGGCCGAUUCCACAUCUACUUUUUCCACGAAACACGGUCCACCGAUGUUCGUGGUACCCGGGAAGUGAUCGUAGAUGAACACUCGGCGGCGCCAUACAUGGAGGGUGUCGAGCGCGCUGGAAUCGAGGCCGACCAUAGCCAUAUGUGCAAAUUUGACGACGAUAAUUCUGCAGGCUAUGAAGUGGUGGCGGAAGCGAUCCUCCGGUAUUCACGCCAGGCGCCCGCCGUGAUUAGCGACCGUUGGGUGGAAGAGAAGAAGGCUCGCACCCUGGAGAAGAAGGCCAAGGCCAGGGAAAUUUAUGACGCAAGAAUAGAUGAUCCGGUAAAUCGAAGCUUGCCCGAUUUGAACAAACCCGGGCAAUCUGUACUAUCUCUCCCGCGCGGCUCUGCUACAGAUGGCCGUAAUUCGCCAGUGUCGGAUUUAGGAAAUAGUGAACUUCUCCAACUUUCCCACUAUCCCAAGGAAUCGCCUCUAUUCGUGGUCCCUCCAGGAUUUCACCCUAACGCCACCUUUUUUGGGAUGGAGAAAGAGCUAGAAGUGUUACACAACCGGUUGUUCAAGGCCAAGGCGCGCCCAGAGAAGACGAUGGCCGUGCUGAUUUCUGGUGUUCCCGGUUCAGGCAAGACACAUCUGGCAAGGCAGUAUGUUUUCACCCAAAGCGACUGUUAUCCCGGUGGUAUAUUUUGGAUCGAUGCCAAGUCCCGUGAAUCAACGUACAAGUGCUUCUGGGAGAUUGCGCAGGCGGCCACGCUGGUCGAACCCAAGAUGACCGACAACCCUGAGUACCAUGAGACUCAGAAGUACGUAAGCGCAGUUCGACUUUGGCUUCAGACACGGAGAGACUGGCUCCUUGUCUUUGAUGGUGUUACUUUCGACUGUGACGACGACAUCAACAGGUUCCGGGAGGUCUUGCCGUGGAGCAAACGGUGCAGUAUUAUAUAUACCUCAGUCGACACGACUUUGCGAAAAAAGCAGCGACUGUAUGAGCCAUACUGCCUCAUGAUCUCGCGCUUACGCGUGGAAGACGCUUGCAAGCUUCUGUUCAAGGAUCUUGGGAUUACACGAGCCACGCCUGAGCAAACUUUCAAGGCUACCCGAAUUGUCGAGUACUAUGAAUGCUUGCCUCUGGCAAUUCAUGCCGUUGGACACCGUCUCAACGCAACUGGUAAACCGAUUGAGAAAUAUCAUUUCAAAUCCCAGGUGACCGACAAAAAGCUUGCAGAGCCAUUCUUGAGCAUCAUGAACGAUUUAUUUCGUUUGCAGAAAAAUGAAGCAUUGCAUCUGAUUAACCUCCUGUCGUUCCUUGGCCACCAGGUCCCAGUGGGUCUUUUGAAUCUUGGUCGAGCUGCUAUGACCUCUGAGAAUUUGGAGAUUCAGACCAGUGCUCAAACAGGCGAGGAACCUGAUCUUGAUACCACACUUGGGACUCUGAUUCAUUAUGGACUGGUUGAGCGGACUACAGCCAGCGAGCAUAUCCAGCAAAGAUCAUCUGUCCGUUAUACUGAUGGCGGCGAUGUGAGCCCGGAGGCAAAGCAUGUUCCGGAUCUUUCAGAAUCAUUGACAGAAAGCAGCCAAGAAGGGUUCUUCUCUAUCUACCGGAAUCAAUCGGUAGUUGACGUGAUCAAAAUUCACAGUGUGGUGCAGGGGUUCUGCCGUGAUGAACUCCGAAUCAAGGACGAAGAGAGCAAGGGCAUCAUGAGCAACAGUGACCCUGGUUACUUCGACACUUGGCUGAUAGUUGCCACUCGAUUUCUCAUCACGUCUUACGAAGGCGCCAUGGACAGAAUGGCCCAUUACGAAGAUUGUGGUCUCGUGCGGGAUUACCGAGAGUACGAAACUCAUGCCUCACGACUCUUUGAGCUAUUCCCAAAGAAACCUGCAAUAAAUCUACAUCCGCUAGUCGUUCGUGAGACACGAGAAGAUCUUCGAAAGUUGAUGAAAAUAAUUAGCAGGGAAAUAGAGAGCAUGUCUCCAAGCUCCUCUCAGCAUUUUGCACGGAAUCAAAAGUCUGUUUUUGAUCGUUCAAGCAGCUCAUCAUCAUCUUUUCCCGACUCCUCAGCCGAUGAAGGACUAUCGCGCCGCUCUACCUUCAAUUGGAGUGAUCUUGGGUCGCCUCGAGCGGAAUCCCCCGAGCAACUGGCUAUGCCGCCUCCGCGCUUCAGAUUGGAGCUUUUUCCUCCACAUAUAUUCCGGCGGGCUGGACAUGAAUAUGAAUCCGAAGAUGGCUACGGAAAAACCGAACAAGACCCCCCUUCAUCGAGCCCUCCGCAGAUCACUAGCCUAUCAGAGUGGCAAGUGGUCAAUCGACACUCAAAGCCAAGGUCAUACAAAGAAAAGCAGGUACAAAGGCGCAAUCUGGGUCUCCGUCGAUUCAGAAACACCAAAGUUGAUACACCGUUAGUUAAGGUGUCCCCCGUUCAAGGAAAGGGCUCAUCAAGCCGCACAUCCGCUCCUGACACAGGCGGCUCAUUGAUAUUGACUUCGGAAGCCGAACAAGCGCUUGCCGCAGUGCGUCGAUCCAGCAAUGCUAAUUCGUCUUCGGAAGGCCUGCAGCCUAUAGCAAAUCACUCGGCAAAUAAAGAAAACACACCAACGUACGCGACUGUGGCUACGCGACGAAUGCUGGAAGUAGAGUCCUCUUUAAAGCGCCCGUCAUCUGUCCCCGUUAUGCGGACCUUAGACCCAGCCAGUGGCCUGCAAACCAAUGGUGGAUUGCAGAUGAAGCCUUCCGCUGAGUCGCUCGACAGUCAAACGGGCUACGCCUUUUCGUCCCCGCUAUCCCAUGAGCUAUCGUCUCGGGAAUUGAUAGACGGGCCUCUGAGUCGAUCAACAUACAGUGAGCCUGAAUUUGAUAUGUUCGGACAUCAUCACGGAUUGAAUUUUCCAACUGCCCCUGGAAGCCGGGCUCACUCGCGGCGUGGCUCGAAUGUACAGUUCGAGGCCCCACGAAGUCUAUCUGCAAGCGUGCCAACGCUCCUUCCAUACCCACCACCUGCAUUACCGUACGACGAAGAUAUUUCCAUCGCCUUUCCAACCCACAGAGUACCCUCACAAUUCGCGCCAGGCCCAAUCCCCCCAGUGGCCACUAGAGCUCGACCCAUCGCUCAUCCAUCCGCAAUCAUGCCAAGCGCAAUGCCAUCUUCAUCCAAUGCCAAAUUGACCGUGGGCUCUGCUCCAGAACAUGUGACUUCCGAGCCAAUGUCCCGCGACUCUUCCGCGUACUCCCAUCAAUCAUGGGCCACAGAACCCGUGCGAUACCCCCCGCGAUUCUCACCCAUCCCAGCUUUCCAACAACCGCCCGAGCUGGUCCCCACUCCGAUCUCAACCCUGCAACAGCAACAACAGAUGCUUGCCGGUGCAAAUGUCUGGACGACCGAUCUACUUCCGGCGGGCAGUGCUCUCCAGUCCGAGCCCGGCUACCCCGGCCCCCCACUCGCCCAGGGCCGCCUUGGCUCAAUGAACGAACGACUGAAGUUCAGCGAUCCGGGCUGGAACCCAGACCUUGAGCCAGCGCAAUCUUUGCAUUUCGGUGCCCACCGCGUCGAUGUUAGAGAUCCACGUCAUCGAUUACAUGAGUCUGCUCUACUGCAGGCGCCGCGCCCGCAGUAUCGUCUAUAUCAUCCGAAUUUAUCGGGUUCUUUGAUUCAGCAUGGUGGCCAGAUUUAUGCCCCUGCGCCUCAGCUUGGGGUUUAUGGAACGCGGACGCGGAGUGGGAGCUCGCCUGCGCGGCCUGAUCAUGCUGGUCUUGGUAUGCGGUACUGA